UUGCUUUCAUAAUGCUGUUCAACUGUAUAAAUAAGAGAGGGAGCUGCAGGGCAGUCCUGGUGAAGACAGCAGGAUCCUUGGAAGCUGCUUGAUGCUUCAUCCCUGAGUGUGUGCAAUAACUCAAGUUCAACAGCAAAUACUCAUGGUGGCCUGGUAGAAGAGUGAGAGCUCAUGUUCACCUAUUUCCAGGUAAAAGGAGGCUUUGAGGAUUUUAAUACGAGAACAUGAAGGCCACGUUCUACCUAAGUUUGCUACUGGCUGGGUUUCACACUGCUGCCCACAGUCAGCUCCCACCCAGCGACCACAACGAUCCAGAUGACCCUAAACACCACAUACAUCACGGAGGUGAAGCGAUUGCUUGCCUCAAACUUGUGCCAAACAAUGCUGACUUUGCAUUCCAGUUUUUUAGGGAGGUUACACAGGAGGCACCUAAUAAGAACAUUUUCUUCUCUCCUGUGAGCAUCUCUGCUGCCUUUGCAAUGCUGGCCCUUGGGGCUAGAUCAUCCACACGGUCUCAGAUCCUGGAAGGACUCGCCUUCAACCUCACAGAGAUUCAGGAGAAAGAGAUACAUGACGGCUUCCACAACCUAAUCCACAUGCUGAACCAUCCUGAGGGUGGAGUCCAGCUUAGCAUGGGGAAUGCCAUCUUUAUAACAGAGAAGCUGAAACUCCUAAAAAAGUUCUUAGAUGAUGCCAAAGCUCUGUAUCAGCUGGAGGCUUUUACAACUGACUUUAACAAACCCACAGAAGCUGAAAAGCAGAUCAAUGAUUAUAUAGAAAGGAAAACACAGGGAAAAAUUACUAAUUUAGUCAAGGACAUGGACCCAGAAACUGUAAUGCUUCUGGCUAGCUUUGUUUUCUUUAAAGGCAGCUGGGAAAAGCCUUUUAAACCAGAGCAUACUGAAGAAAGGGAGUUCUUUGUGGAUGCUGAAACGACUGUGAAAGUCCCUAUGAUGCACCAGAUGGGCAGCUUUGACUUCUAUUUUGAUGAGGAGCUGUCAUGCACUGUGGUACGGCUGCACUAUAAUGGGAGUGCUACUGCAUUUCUGGUUCUGCCAGCAAAAGGGAAAAUGAAGCAGUUAGAGCAAACUCUGGACAAGGAAACCAUCCAGAAAUGGUCAGACCAUCUCUUCCAGAGGUUUAUGAACCUCUACUUUCCCAGAUUUUCUAUUUCUGGGAACUAUGAAAUAACUAACACCCUUAGCAAGAUGGGGAUUGUGGAUGUGUUCACCAACAAGGCAGAUCUCUCUGGCAUCACUGGCACUCCAGAGCUGAAGGUUUCCAAAGUUGUCCACAAGGCUUCUCUGGAUGUUGAUGAGAAAGGUACUGAGGCAGCAGCAGCAACUGCUAUUGAAAUAAUGCCAAUGUCUCUUCCUCCAACCAUUGAAUUCAGCCAUCCCUUCCUCAUGCUGAUUUUUGAUAGAGAUACAAACAGUACACUCUUCAUAGGAAAAAUAGUUAACCCGACUCUCACUAGCUGAAGUGACAUAUGAAUUUUGUUUGCUACUACUAAUUAAAGAUGUGAAAAUUCAUGACAUGAUUUAUUUCUAUUUGUACCAGCUCAUAUAUGGUUCUUUGUUAGUAACAGUUUUUAUUUUAUGUCAUCAUCAAAAACUAUUGGUAUUGACCAUUACACUUGCUGAAGAGGAAGGAAGAAAUUGUUUUAUGUUCUGCUAGAAAAGAAAACCUUUUUUACAUGACUGAAAAACAAGGAAAGACCUAAUCUUUGCCAGCAUUUGCAAGGAAACAUUUAUAUUACAAUGGAAGACUCCUGCUUAAUACGAGGUAGUCAGCAGGUAAAAUUAUGAACAUUCUUGCAAAGAAAGCAGAAGUGGUUGCAAUUUACCAUAAAUUUAUCUGAGAUGGGAACAGUUGGAUCAAUACUGCAGGGUCACAGAUACCUGAAGCUUCUAAUGGAGAAAGCACUGCGAAUAUGAAAAGCUGCCUUCAACAGCUGUCUGUACCAAAACAUUUUAUCAUUCUUAGUAUCAAUCUAGCAGCAAAGCUUCCUGAGUUUCUUGCAGCUUAAAAGAGAGCAGGAGGAUCAAAUCUGCCUUGAAUCUGAAGAUUUUCACCACGUGUUACCAAUUUGUCAGAUUCAGAUGGAGUUACUGACUUCUCACACAUGUUUCCGUCACUGGUGAGAGGGACGAUGUAGCUAAAUGGGAAGGUGAGGUAUUUGGAUGGCAAUUACACCAGCAUACUGUCAGCUGAGAUUUGUGGAACACCUAUAAAGAGACUCUGGAAAAUUA